UUUGUGCCGUCGCGGUCUGUGACUCGUCGCUGCGGCCGCCAUGCGUCUGCUAUCGCUGAUGGUGGCCGCCUGUGCCCUGGUGUCCGGCUCGGCGGCUGCUCGCACCCGGCGCCAGAGCGGACCGUCCGCCUGCCAGGACUUCGCCAAAAGGAACGGCACCUGCGGCACCAUCCAGGACUGUCCGGCUCUGUUCCGGCUCGUCUCCAACGGGCGCCGACCGACGGACGGGGAGAUCGCCAACCUGCGUGCCAGCCAAUGCGGCGAUAACGGCCGUGGCCUCGUGCUGGUCUGCUGCGCAUACAGCCGAUCGAACCCCUUCGACGGCCCACCGGAGGAGCACCCGAACCGGGCGGUGGUGAGCCGCGGAGGCGUGUGCGGCGCGACCCUCAGCCCACGCAUCACCGGCGGCCACGGCGUGCGCAUGGGAGAAUACCCCUGGGUGGCGCUGCUCGGGUACGGCCACUCGUCCUCCGACAACAUCACGUACGACUGUGGCGGUGUCCUGAUCAGCCAGCAGCACGUGCUGACGGCAGCGCACUGCGUCACCGGCCUGCCGCCCGACUUUCAUCUGGAGACGGUGCGGCUCGGCGAGCAUAACGUCUCUCAGGACGUCGACUGUCGGACGGAGCUGUUCGGCCUCAAGCUGUGCAACGCGCCGCAGGACUUCCGAAUCGCCGAGCUCGCAGUGCACCGCGACUACAACAAGCCAACCGUGCGCCUAAACGACAUCGCCCUGCUGAAGCUGGACCGGCCCGUCAUCGAGGACCACUUCGUCGGCAAGAUCUGCCUGCCGUUCGGCGACGUGGGGCGUGAGAACUACACGGGGCGGCAGCUGACGGCGGCCGGCUUCGGCCGGGUGGGGGCGCCCGACGGUCCGGCCAGUGACGUCCUGCUGGCGGUGCAGCUGCCGGGCGUGGCGCAAGACACGUGCGCGCAGAUUAUCCGACGCCUGGGCGGCACGCUCGGGCCCCGCCAGCUCUGCGCCGGCGGAGAGCACGGUCGCGACGUGUGCUUCGGCGACUCGGGGACUCCGCUCAUGACGACAGAGCCUCAGCGCAGUUUGAUUGGCUUGGUGGCGUAUGGCGCCCUCUCGUGCCAGGGCCAAGUGCCCGGCGUGUUCACCCGGGUGUCCUCGUAUUUGAACUGGAUCUUGGACCGGAUAGACUAGCUAUGUACCCGUCUUUAAGCAAAGCAUUUGCAUUCUGUGGGAAAAACGCGCUUGAAUACGGCCCGGCUCAAUGAUUCCCGCCUGAUGUGGUGAUUUGUUCGGUAACAUAAACAUGAUGUGACGCUCAGUCCCAUGGUGUGGGAAUGGUGUGCUGAUAUUCCGCCAACUCCAGUCCUCGUUUGAAACAUUUAUGGAAGGAAGUGAAGGAAACAAAUGCGGACAGAACAGCAGCAACAACGACUUAUCUUUCUACCAAAAUCCAAUUUCCUAGCAUUGCAAUAAAGAUCGAUGCGAAGCGAA